GGUACCAUACAUCCUUCGCGUUGGGUUUGUUGGUACCAACAGGACUUCGAGCUCACACAUGGCCGGUGCAGGGAUCCAUCCGUACCACCAACAAUGGCCUCCAGCAGCCGCCGCUCCUCCUCCUCCACCACCAGCCCCCGCUGCUGCCGCUCCGCCUCCUCCUCUCUCUCAUCCUCAUCCUCCUCCCCCCUCCGACGAGGUUCGAACCAUUUUCAUAACAGGCCUUCCUGAUGAUGUAAAAGAGAGAGAAUUGCUGAAUCUUCUGAGAUGGUUGCCUGGAUACGAAGCUUCGCAAGUAAAUUUCAAAGGGGAUAAACCUAUGGGUUUCGCUCUCUUUACUACAGCACACCAAGCAGUUGCGGCUAAAGAUAUUCUUCAGGACAUGGUCUUUGAUACAGAGACAAAGUCAGUUCUGCAUACAGAAAUGGCCAAGAAAAAUCUGUUCAUUAAAAGAGGAAUAGUGGCGGAUUCCAGUGCGUAUGAUCAAAGCAAACGAUUAAGGACUGCUGGUGAUUAUACACACACUGGUUAUACAAGUCCCUCUCCUUUUCACGCACCUCCAGCACCUGUUUGGGGGCCACAUGGAUAUAUGGCUCCACCUCCUCCAUAUGAUCCGUAUGGAGGCUAUCCUGUUGCACCAAUACCAAUGCCUGCUCCUGCUCCUUUACCAGCCCCUAGCAGCUAUGUCCCUGUUCAGAACACAAAAGAUAAUCCUCCAUGCAACACCUUGUUUAUUGGAAACUUGGGUGAAAAUAUAAAUGAGGAGGAACUAAGGGGCCUCUUCAGUGUACAACCUGGCUUCAAGCAAAUGAAGAUUUUGAGACAGGAGAGGCAUACAGUUUGCUUCAUUGAGUUUGAAGAUGUAAAUAGUGCAACCAACGUGCACCAUAGCAUGCAGGGAGCUGUUAUCCCCAGUUCUGGUUCUGUUGGCAUGCGAAUACAAUAUUCAAAGAAUCCAUUUGGAAAAAGAAAGGAUGCCAACCACCCUGGUGCUGCCCCCAGUGCCAAUGGAGCUCCACCAGCUAUGCCCUAUCAGUAGCGUGAAGGGGAUGUACUCUGUUCUUUUUGCUUCGAGCACCUGCAUUAUAGGAUGCAUCUUGCAGCUGUUGCAUGCAUCCAUCAAUUAUCAAGUCAUCGCCAUUAGCAUCCCUGCUCAUGUGAAUGAAUGCAAAUAUUGGCAUCAUAAACAUACAUUUGGCCAUGUUAGACUUGAUUAUCAGACAUGCAUUUCUCAGCAGCAUGUGCUGGUGCUUGGAUUACUUUCAUAGGUUCAGGUUAUGUUAGUUUAUAGAGCUGAUGCAUGGGUUUGAAUUUUGUUAGAUUUGUGUGCUCCGUGUCAUAUAAUACAUUCUGUACAUUGGCAUUAGGAAUGCUUAUUUGAAUAGGCAUCUUGAGAACUUGACUAUUUUUUUCA